UUUCUCUCUCUUCUGUCUUUCUCUUCUGUCUUUCUCUCUGUCUUUCUGUCUUUCUCUCUCUCCCUCUCUCUCUCUCUCUCUCUCUCUCUCUCUUUCUCUCUCUCCAUAUAAAAAAUAAUGUAAUAAGAUAAAUUUAAGGAAACAUUUACCAUUGGUGGAGCCCACGGAAGUGCCGGACCAUUUGCCAUUUGUGGAUUUGCAGUUCCCCUUCUCAGCAGCCUCCUCAGACAGGCACACUUGCAACCAUGAUGCCUAAGCACUGCUUUCUAGGUCUCCUCCUCAUGUUCUUGACCAGUACAACAGAGAUUUCAUGAAAACCUUCUGCUCCCAACAGCAAUGUUCACAAUGAUGUUCUUGCCAUCUUAGAAAUGCAGCCAGCUCAUGUAUCUCUGAAGCUCCAGAAGGUCCAAUUUCAGUCCAGAAAUUUCCACAACAUUUUGCACUGGCAACCAGGGAGCUCUCUCACCAGCAAUGGCAGCAUCUACUUUGUGCAGUACAAGAUGUACGGACAGAGACAAUGGAAAGAUAAAAUUGACUGCUGGGGGACCACAGCGCUCUUCUGUGACCUGACCAAUGAAACCUUAGACCCAUACCAGCCAUACUAUGGGAGGGUGAUGAUGUCCUGCGCUGGAAGCCACUCUGCCUGGACCAUGACACCCCGCUUCACUCCAUGGUGGGAAACAAAACUAGGUCCUCUGGCAGUGACUAUAACUCGAGUUAAUGCAUCUUUGCGGGCACUUCUCCGUCCUCCAGAGUUACCAAAUAGGUACCAAAUUGGGAAAAAUACAUCCAUGGAAAAUUACUAUGACUUAGUAUACCGAGUUUUCAUAAUCAACAAUUUACUAGAGAAGGAGCAAAAAGCCUAUGAAGGAACUCAGAGAGCUAUUGAAAUAGAAGGUCUGACACCUCAUUCCAGAUACUGCGUAGUGGCUGACAUGUACCUGCCCAUGCUUGACAGAAGAAGCCCAAGAAGCCAGGAGAGGUGUGUGCGGAUUCCAUGAACUGGUCUGAGGCGCGAAACCAGGAGCUUGUCGAGAACAGGAUGACUUGUGCCUGGAACGGCUGACUAAACUUCUGUUUUGAUUUUCUUAGAGCAAUGUCUACCCAUACCUUUCAAGGAUUUCUUUAUCAGUACUUUCUUUUCUGUUUAUUUCAGUUAUAGAGUAAAUUUGAACAGAUUCAAAAAAUGGAAUUUAAAGAGGAGAUAAAGAAUAAAGAGCUUGUAGUGAUGCACACCUUUAAUCCCAGCAUUGAGAGGCAGAAUCAGAUAGAUCUCUGACUUUGGGGCCAGCCUGGUCUACAUAGAGAGUUCCAGGCUAGCCAGGGCCAGACAGUGAGAUCAUGCCUCAAAAAAAUAAAAUGUUAAGAUAAAAAUAUUCUGUAAAACACAGAAGUUUAUCUGAAUGUAGCAACUCUAACAAUAAUCAUUUUUCUGCUAAAACUCCCAAAUAAGAAUCAAAUAAUAAUAGGCAUUUAAUAAAUGUUGCAAUAAGG